AAACACCGCAUACCUAACCUAAUCCACAGGCGGUCGCUGCAAUUGCGAAUUCCGCCCCAAUUUCGGCACUUUUUCGAAAACGUUUCGAAACAACAAGAAGGACCUUUGCUAAUUUUAUUGACAUUUGUUUUGGUUGACUGAUUGUCCCGUUUCGAAGCUCGGCAAAAGCGGCGUUCAGCUUUUGUUGUCAGCAAUGUCCAAGAACAAGUUGAACCUGACACUGCCGCCCGGCGCAAUCGAGGCCGCCGCGGCGCCUCCGCCGGAGGUUGCGGCGCCAGAGGGAAAAGUGAACAUAGAGGCUCUGCAGGAGAGGCUGGAGGAGCUGGAAAUGGACGAGACCCAAAGACAACGGAUGGACCUUUUCCUCAAAGAAAAGCAGAAGAUCCGCCACGAAUUGGUAGACGAGGACUUUGAGAAACUCGGAGAGCUUGGUGCUGGAAAUGGUGGUGUGGUCCUGAAGGUUCGCCAUAAGCCCACCGGCCUGAUAAUGGCCCGAAAGCUCAUUCAUCUGGAGGUGAAGCCAGCAAUUAAGAAACAAAUUCUUAGAGAACUGAAAAUCCUCCACGAAUGCAAUUCGCCGCACAUAGUUGGUUACUAUGGAGCGUUUUACAGUGAUGGCGAAAUCAGCAUUUGCAUGGAGUAUAUGGAUGGAGGGUCAUUGGACUUGAUACUGAAGCUAGCAGGACGCAUUCCAGAAAAUGUGCUGUCAAAAAUUACACUAGCCGUGCUUAAAGGGCUGAGCUACCUCAGAGAUAAACACAACAUUAUGCACAGAGACGUCAAACCAAGCAACAUCUUGGUAUCAACACGAGGCGAGAUCAAAAUUUGCGAUUUUGGCGUCUCGGGCCAGCUGAUUGACUCGAUGGCCAAUUCCUUUGUUGGCACGCGUAGUUACAUGAGUCCAGAGAGGCUGCAGGGCAGCCAUUACUCAGUGCAGUCGGACGUGUGGUCACUGGGCCUGUCGCUGGUCGAGAUGGCAAUCGGCGUUUACCCAGUGCCCCCACCGGAUCCAGCAACCUUGAUGGCCGACGCGGCCGUCCCGCAGCAGCGGCCAAUGGCUAUUUUCGAGCUGCUCAACUACAUUGUCAAUGAGCCACCGCCACGUCUACCACCAAACCACUUCUCGACUGAGUUCAAGGAGUUCGUCGACCUAUGCCUGAAGAAAAACCCCAAGGAACGCGCAGACCUUAAAACUUUGAUGACUCACGUGUGGCUUAAAAAAGCUGAUGCAGAGCCAGUUGAUAUGGCCGGCUGGGUGACCCGCAUCACCAGCCUCUAGUCGUUUAAUCUGCUUGUGAUUCUCGUCUCACUGUCGUUCCGGUGUCCACUGUACUGCGUCUGAACGUUGUAAGAAUAAAGCCAUACACAAUGAACUGAAGAAACUUACAAGGUAUCUAUUGCUACUUCUUCUACUUUUUGACCGAUUCUUCUUUGCUGUUAGACGUCAAGAGAGCGUUAAAAUUUGCCAGUUGAUCACUAAUGCAAAAAUUAAUUCUUUCUACUCGUGACCAGCUUGUAUCGCUGUCUCGUUAUCGGUGGCAUGCGAAGGUGUAAUUUAAUCGAAAGUGAUCUCAAUCAGUGUGAAAAGAAGCAAAAUUUGGCUGUUGCUGUCAAGAUUUAUCUUUGAAAAUUGCUCUUUUAACAGGUUGUUUCCGCCACAAAACUUAUUUUUACAUUAUAUAGCUCACUCACACAAACAUGCAUUCAAGUUGUCCCCAAUACGACAUUUACACUUGAGAUGAUUUUUUUUUAUUUAGUUGUGCUUUGAUAGGAACAGAAAGUGUUCAUUGCGCGCGCACAGAUAUACAAAACAGUUGUUCACCUUAAUUCACAUAAAUCGCCAAUUCUUCCAAUUUACAGCAGCCAGGUUUAAUAUCAGAAAUUUGUUGUCUCCACAAAUAAGUACUUGUUAAAAUAUAUAUUAUCUAAAAAGUGAGGCUUUAAUGAAUAAAGAGAAGAUAAACAAGUGAAA